CGCAGGUGGGGGCGGCAGCGAUGGCCGAGGGGGACCCCGCGGUGUUCACGGCCCGGGCGCUGCCCGCGGACCCGCGGCUGCUGCCCACGGUGACCAACGCGUACCUGGGCACCCGCGCCUUCCGCGACAUCCUGCACGUGGGCGGCGUGUACAGCGGGGCCGCGGGGGACACGCACCGCGCCGAUGUCCCCAGCCCCCUCGGCGUGCGGGUGGCGGUGCCCGGCACGGACAGCCCCGCCGAGAGCUUCGCCCUGAACACCCGGACAGGGACCUUCAGCCACACAAUUCAGUGCCCUGGUUACGUGGCCACCCAGCAGCUCUACGCCCACCACUCCCUGGUCCACCUGAUGGCCUUCAGCGUCACCAUCCGGCGCUUGGAUCGCUCCACACAGCCCGUCACCAUCCAGCUCCAGACCCCGUUCGUGCCACAGAGCCAGGACCUGGACCUGCUCCCAGGGCCGGACUUCCAGGGAGCACACUACGUCCACGGGCGGACGCUGGUCCCCGAGGUGGAGGGGGGGCCCCGUCCCACCGUUCACAUGCUCUGGACCCCCGUCCCGCCCUCCCUGACGCUGGGUGGGGAGGAGCAGGAGCGCUCCUGGGAGUUCCUGACGGCCGUGGCCGAGGGCGAGGAGGAGGCCAAGCGGAGCUACGGCGAGGGGCUGUCCCUGAUGGCCGCGGGGGCCCUGCUCCGCUCCCACACCCGCGCCUGGGCCGCGCUGCGCCGGCGCUGCUCCGUGGAGCUGGACGGGCCCCUGGCCCUGCAGCAGGCCCUGCACGGCUGCCUCUACUACCUGCUGAGUGCCCUCCCGCCCCGGGGCAGCCCGGGAUUCCUCUUCCAUGGCAUCAGCCCUGGCGGCUUGUCCAAUGGAACCCGGGGUGAGGACUACUGGGGACACAUCUUCUGGGACCAGGACACCUGGAUGUUCCCCAACAUCCUGCUGCUUUACCCUGAAGCCGCCCGGGCCAUCCUGGAGUACCGGAUCCGCACGCUGGCGGGGGCCGUGCGCAACGCGCGGGAACAAGGCUACGAGGGCGCCAAGUUCCCGUGGGAGAGCGCAGCCACCGGCCGCGAGGUGUGCCCCGAGGAGAUCUAUGGGGCCCAGGAGAUCCACGUCACCGGGGACGUCCUGGUGGCCUUCGAGCAGUAUUACUGCACCACGCAGGACCAGAAGCUGUUCCGGGAGGAUGGGGGCUGGGAGCUGGUGGAAGCCGUAGCUCAGUACUGGUGCAGCAGGAUGGUGUGGAGCAAGGAGGAGCAGCUCUACCACAUCAGAGGUGUCAUGCCCCCAGACGAGUAUCACCACCAGGUCGAUAACUCCGCUUACACCAACGCCGUGGCCCGGCGCAGCCUAAACUUUGCUGCUGAAGUUGCUCGGGACCUGCUGCUCCCAGUGCCAGAGGAGUGGGAGGACCGUGCCAGGAAAAUCAAAGUGCCGUUUGAUGCAGAGAGGAAAUAUCACCCUGAGUACGAUGGCUACAGCCCAGGUGAGCCAGUGAAACAAGCUGACGUGGUCCUGCUCGGCUUCCCUCUGAUGCACCCCAUGAGCGCCGAGGUCCGGAGGAACGACCUGGAGAUGUACGAGCCCGUCACCGACCCGGCCGGGCCAGCCAUGACCUGGAGCAUGUUUGCCGUGGGCUGGCUGGAGCUGAAGGAGGUGCAGAGAGCCCAGAGCCAACUGCACAAGUGCUUCAGCAACAUCACAGAGCCCUUCAAGGUCUGGGUGGAGAACUCGGAUGGUUCGGGAGCUGUGAACUUCCUGACAGGGAUGGGUGGAUUUCUGCAAGCCAUCCUCUUCGGCUACACGGGGUUCAGGAUCUCGAGGUCCGGCCUCCGCUUCGAUCCUGCCUUUCCCCACGACAUCACCGAGCUGAAGCUCUCUGGCAUCUCCUACUUGGGCAACAAACUGGAUUUCGCCAUCACCGCAGCAGAGAUCUGUAUGGAAGUGACUGAGACCUCCCAGGACCCUCUGGCAUCUCCCCUGGAGGCAGUGCUGGAGUCGGGGCACCGCUUUCCCCUGCGGGAGGGGCAGAGUGUCUCCUUCCCCAUGGCACCCGGCUGGAUCCAGAGGUCACCCACCAGGACCCCCUAAACCUUGGCUGGUCCAGGUUUUGCCCGCGGGAGCAGCGGAUCUGGGAUGUUGGCAAAGGGGGAAGGUAACGGUGGGCAGAGGGGGGGGCCCAGGCUGUGCCAUGAGCCCUUGGCCCCCCAGGACUGAGUGUGCCACCUGUCCUUGUGUUCCCGAGGAGGGAGGGCUGUCCACAGAGCUGUGACCAUGGCAGGGGGUCAACACGUCUGUUCUGGGGGCACUGAGCCCCAGAAUCCCCUUCACGCACCUCCUGCGUCUCUCACUCAGCACAGGAGGCGAAAUCAAGCCUGAAAAUGACCAUUCCAAAUGAAUUUUCUAAACACUCA